AUGUAUGCCGUGACCAUCUCACCGCGCUCUGGCGUCCGACACCUGGCUCUCACCGGCUCGGCUCAUCUACGAAUGGAAAAGACCAUCACCUUCGUCAUCACGGUGGUGUCCAUGCUGCUGGUGUUCGGGCUGGAGCGUGGCCUCAGCAGGUACCAGCCGAGCGCCGGAUACCUGCUGGUGGCCGCGCUCUACUACGCCGCCAGCGAGCGCCAACUGACAAGCGCUUGGCAGGCGGCGCUGGAGCGGCUCUGCCUGCCGUACCUCGACUGCCUGGAGGAGCUCUGGCCGCCGCUGCUGCUGGCCGAGCCGGCCGAGCUGCGCGACAUGGAUGAUGUUUGCGCUGUCUGCCUGGCGCCGAUGCGUGAGGCAUGCGUCACACCCUACCACCAUCUCUUCCACAGCUCCUGCCUGAGACGCUGUCUACAGGUCACCGAUCGCUGCGCCAUCUGCGCGCGCGACCUGGACUCAGAGUAA